AUGUUCUCGUCACUACUUACGGUUGUGCUCGCGGCGCUUCUUGUGCAACCCGCAUUCUCGACCAGCCCUAGCUCGCCAUCUCCCACCCCCACACCAUCUGCAGACUGCGUAGUUAACGUUUUCAAAUCGCCUCCGCGCCAGACCAACUGUACCUUCUACGAAACCACGACUACUUCGACGGCAUAUACAGACUGUGGCGGGUGCACGCUUAAAACGAAGGUCUUGGGCGUAGGGCUUGUGAGUGUUUCUCUCAGAAUAUAG